GAAACGUCACUGCCACGUAGAGGCUCAACUGCACGCGACGCUUUUGGUCAAAACUUGCUGAAACAUUUGAGGUAGCCGUCCGUCGUGCUCUUUUUUCGGACGGGUUUAAUGUGACAGCAUGCUGCUGACCGUGCUGAGCUGGCUCUGCUCCUCCCUGCUGCUGAUGUCUUCCAGCGGGGGGAAGCUGCCUGAAGCUGAGGUCAACAUAGAAGUCCUGCACAGACCUUUUCUCUGUCAUCGAAAAUCAAAGUACGGAGACAUACUGCUGGUACAUCAUCAGGGAUACUUUGAGAAUGGGACCAUGUUUCAUGACAGUCGGACCGAAGGUGACAAACAAGCAGUGUGGUUUACACUGGGCAUCAGAGAAGUGAUCAAAGGCUGGGAUAAAGGCCUGCAGGACAUGUGCUCAGGAGAGAAGAGGAAACUCAUCAUACCUCCAGCUCUGGCCUAUGGGAAGGAAGGAAAAGGUAAGAUCCCACCUGAAAGCACACUGACCUUCGUCAUCGAGGUGCUUGAGAUCAGAAAUGGACCGAGGUCACACGAGUCCUUCCAGGAGAUGGACCUCAACGAUGACUGGAGGCUCUCCAAGCAUGAGGUGAAAGUGUAUCUGAGGAAAGAGUUUGAGCGUCACGGCUACGCUCCCAACGACACUCUACACGAGAACAUGGUGGAGGACAUCUUUGCCAAAGAGGAUGAGAACAAAGACGGCUUCAUAUCGUCUAGAGAGUUCACUUACAAACACGAUGAACUUUAAAUUCUCUCCCAGAUCCACGAACCACUUACCUGCCCAUAGUAUCUUCCAUUUGUCCUUGAUUUUAGUGGAAAUACUUUGGCGCAGUUUUAUUGUCAGCAUGAAAAGUAAUUCAUUUUUAUAGAAGCAUUGUGUGUGAAGCCGUGUGGUGAGCUCUGAGCCAACAGGUUUGUUCCACUGAUGUUUUACUUGCAUUUUUGUGUUUACUUCUGCAAGAGCCCAUUCCACUCUCCACUCCGUCUUGCAUUUAGCUUUUUUUUAGGAUUAAGGAUUUAAAUGUUAUGCAGUUAUCAUUGUAACCAAAUAUCAGAGAUAACAGACACGGAUCAAAUGCGUGCAGUGACACUGCAUUCUGUGGGCAGGCAAUGUAAGUCGAUUACAGUUGCCAAGUUUGGCUGUGAAAUUCCCCUUAAUGGAAAUAUAGUGUCGAUUUCCUUUACAAAAUGUUAACAGAUCAAUGUAGUUUACCUUUUAUGAGUGCAUUAAGAAAAAAGAGAGCGCUUUAGCUCUUUUACCCUGUAUGGUAAACAAAUCAGUCCACUUCAGAGAACAAUUGUCAUUCAAUUUAAUAAAAUCAGGCUUAUGUGUCAUAUUGAUUAGUGUGUAUUUGAGUUAAGUCAUGACAAUGGUAGUGGUACUUUGGUAUUUUUAAUUUCUAUUCAAAUGUGUAUUUUUAAAGGACAUUAGUGAUCAUCAGUUUUCCGUGGCAGACAUGAUGACCUGACAUAGCAGGAAAAGCAGUUUAAUUUUCUGUAAGUGCUCCCAGUAAGCCAGCAUACACCGUACUCAGGCCCUGGCACUGGUAAACCUAAAUGGAAUGCAGCCAGCAUUGAUGUUAUUAGACACACCUGUUUGCACAUGCAUACACUCCAUGUCCAUGUUGAAAGAAUAUAUUGUUCAGCCCUGCACUGCAACAUCCAUGGAACUUCAUUCUGAGUUUUUUAAUUAAAUUAAAAAUGACCCUACUGUG